AGGUCAAAACCACUUGGUAGUACAAUAUACGAUUCAUAAUACAAUACGGAGUAAAUUAUAACUUUGUUUUUCUCGAAGAAAGCAGCCCAAUUCCAAUUAGGAAACAUCGGCAAAGUCUUGAGGAGCAAGGAGUAUCUGAGUAUAUAGGGAUUACGGAGUAAUAUAUAUAUAUAUAUAUAUAUGCUCAAGCCUGCAGAUUGUCUUUCCUCAGAGAGGAAAUCCAAUUCUGCAGAGUUUUUGGUGCAAUCGCCAAAGAUCAAGGACAGUCAUGUCACGCGGGAACUACACAAACCCAUGUCUGACUAUGCAUCAGCCAUGGGCUUCUUUGCUGAUUCAGGGCAUCAAACGUAUCGAAGGAAGGUCCUGGCCUUCCCCCAUUACAGGGCGACUUUGGAUCCAUGCUGCUGGGAAGGUACCAGACCCAGAGACUAUAAAAGCAAUGGAAGACUUUUAUAGGGAGAUAUAUGCGGUUAAUGGCAUUACUGAUCUCCAGUUUCCAGAACAUUAUCCUGUCUCAAGACUUCUAGGGUGUGUUGAAGUGGUCGGGUGUGUAACCCGAGAAGAGCUCGGGAACUGGGAAGAACUUCCAGAAGGAGUGAGAUUGGAAGGACUGACGGACUUUUGCUGGCUCUGUGAGAAACCACAGAAACUUAUCAUUCCAUUUGAGAUGAGGGGGGGUCGAGGCGUUUAUAACUUGGAAAGGAAGGUGUAUGAGGGCGCGGUAAGAGGUCUAACUCCAGUCACACCUCCGCUACCAGUAGAAUUCCGUCUCCCGAUUCUGCGGAACCCGUCCUCAUUGAAGCCAGGAUCACUUGCCCCUCCUUCCUUUAACAGCAGCUCAUCUGAUCAAAAACCAAACAUGCCUGAAAGUCUUGUUUCAGCAAUUGCGGGUGCCCGGGCAGCUGCCACACAGUUCUCAAAGCCGCAACCCAGCUUCCAGACACCCUCAAAGAACAGCGGUUUAAUUGCGGGUGCCCAGGCAGCUGCCACACAGUUCUCAAAGCCGCAACCCAGCUUCCAGACACCCUCAAAGAACAGCGGUUUCCCGACCAUCAAGGAAUGGAGACCGGUCUCAUGCGGUACGGGGAAUAAAUCCAAAUAAGCUUCAUCAAGAUAUAUACCAUAUGUGUAUACAGUUUACAUUGUUGAGGAGUAACUUGUAAUGAUAAUCAUGGUAGUAAUACCUCAAUCUCGGAUUUAUUGACCUUAAUAAAAGCUCUUAAAUAUUUUGUGUGCAUUGGAAUUCAAAUGUUUAUUACCAUUUACGUUCAUGUUUUUUAAGUGUCUGAGGUUGAUGCUAAAAUAGUACUUCCACUGUCCGCUGGAAUUUAACAUGUUUG